CAGGGUCACACGAGGCUUCAGAAUCUAAAGAAUUUGGAAAGGCACCUCGGGAGUGGAAAUAAUCAUAAAGGGGUUGGAGAGUUCUGAUUGUUGCCAGGGGUCGUGUCCGAAGUGGGCUGGCCUUCUUGCUUGUCCCGUAAAGUAAUGCCUACUUCUCCUUUAUCAUGAGAAUAACUUAAAACUCAAGAAAAAAGUAGCUGGAACACGGCUUCAUCCUGCCAGGCUGUCAAAUACGGUUUUAAGUUAACCAUACCACCUCCCAGGUUAUCCUCCAUAACUUUUAAGUAGUUGUACACUGUGUUCUGUUUUCCCUUAAUGCUUGUUACUACGCGGUCCUCAUAUUUAUUAUUUUUACCGGUGCUCUUGUGGGACAUUAGCUUGCUGCAGCUUUUAAUUUAUAAAGCCAUUUUCUUAUUAGAGAUUCAGGUUCUGUUCAUUUUUCUUCUCAGUGCUGUACAUGAAUUUGCUAAAAACAUCUUCAUACUUAGAAAUAUUUUUUCUGUUGACUUAUUCCUGUGGAGUAAUGUCUGGGAGUAACGGUGUUUUUCCCUUCCAGAAAACUGAUUGGGAGGUAGCAAUUAAAAGUAUCAAUAAAAAGAACCUGUCAAAAUCACAGAUACUGCUUGGGAAGGAAAUUAAAAUCUUAAAGGAACUUCAGCAUGAAAAUAUUGUAGCACUCUAUGAUGUUCAGGAAUUACCCACCUCUGUCUUUCUGGUGAUGGAGUAUUGCAAUGGUGGAGACCUGGCAGAUUAUUUGCAAGCUAAAGGAACUCUCAGCGAAGACACCAUCAGAGUGUUCCUGCAUCAGAUCGCCGCUGCCAUGCGGGUCCUGCACAGCAAGGGCGUCAUCCACAGAGAUCUCAAACCGCAGAACAUCUUGCUGUCUUACGCCAAUCGCAGGAAGUCAAGUGUCAGUGGUAUUCGCAUCAAAAUAGCGGAUUUUGGUUUUGCUCGUUACCUGCAUAGUAACAUGAUGGCUGCAACACUUUGUGGGUCUCCAAUGUACAUGGCCCCGGAGGUCAUCAUGUCUCAGCACUACGACGCCAAGGCUGACUUGUGGAGCAUUGGGACAGUGAUAUAUCAGUGCCUCGUGGGAAAACCACCUUUUCAGGCCAAUAGUCCUCAAGACCUAAGGAUGUUUUAUGAAAAAAACAGGAACUUAAUGCCUAGCAUUCCCAGAGAAACAUCACCUUAUUUGACUAAUCUCCUUUUGGGUUUGCUGCAGAGAAACCAGAAAGAUAGAAUGGAUUUUGAGGCGUUUUUUAGCCAUCCUUUUCUUGAGCAAGUUCCGGUAAAAAAAUCCUGCCCGGUCCCUGUGCCUGUGUGCGCCGGCUCUGUGUCUAGAAGCACCUGCGGCAGCUCUCCGCCUUGCCGUUUUGCCUCUCCACCAUCCCUUCCAGAUAUGCAGCAUAUUCAGGAAGAAAACUUAUCCUCCCCACCAUUGGGUCCUCCCAACUACCUACAAGUGUCCAAAGAUUCUGCCAGUACUAGUAGCAAGAACUCUUCUUGUGACACGGAUGACUUUGUUUUGGUUCCACACAUCUCGUCAGACCACUCAUAUGAUACGCCAGUGGGAGCUGCUGGCAGACAUGCGUCCAGUGAGUUCUUGGUGUGUGGAGGGCCGUGUCAGCCCACCGUGUCCCCUCACAGUGAGGCGACACCCAUUCCGGUCCCGACUCAGAUGAGGAACUACCAGCGCCUGGAGCAGCACCUCACGGGCGCAGCGGGCUCCGGCGCGCACCCCCAGGGCUCCCCGAGAUCUGCGGCGGUGCGAAGGUCCAACACCAGCCCCCUGGGCUUCCCCCGGCUGGGAUCCUGCUCCCCGGCACCAGCAGACACGGCGCAGACCUUCGGACGGAGACUCUCCACUGGGUCUUCCAGGCCUUAUUCACCUUCCCCUUUGGUUGGGACCACCCCUGAGCAGCUCAGUCAGCGCUGCCGUGGGCGCCCUCGGGGCCGCGAGGCCAGGCGCAGAGACCCGGCAGGUUCUCCAGGGCCGCAGACUCCCUCACCACAAUCUCUCUUGUUGGGUGCUAGGCUGCAGAGCGCCCCCACCCUCACCGACAUCUACCAGAACAAGCAGAAGCUCAGAAAGCAGCACUCUGACCCCCUGUGCCCGUCCCACGCCGGGGCCACGUGCAGCGCCUCACCUCAGCCCAGUCGGCCCGGCAGCCUCGGGACCUAUCCCACCAAGCACAUGGGGUCCUCUCCACGGAGUUCUGACUGGUUCUUUAAGACUCCUUUACCAACAAUCAUUGGCUCUCCUACUAAGACCACAGCUCCUUUCAAAAUCCCUAAAACACAAGCGUCUUCCAACCUGCUAGCCUUGGUCACUCGUCCCGGGCCUCCUGAGGGGCAGUCUAAGGAUGGGAGUGACCCACGAGGGUGCUCUCGCUGUCUCUCAGCACAAGGAGGUGAGAGGCAGAAGCCGGAGCAGCAGAUCAAGGCGCCUUUUGGCAGAUCUGUCAGUACUGGGAAGUUAUCAGAUCAGCAAGCGAAGGCACCUUUAGGUGGACACCAGGGCAGCACAGACAGUUUAAAUGCAGAGCGGCCAAUGGAUAUCGCCCCUGCAGGAGCCUGUGGUGUUGCCCUGGCACCUCCUGUGGGAACGGCGGCAGGUUCCAGGGCUGUCCUAUUCACCGUGGGGUCCCCUCCACACAGUGCUGCGGCCCCCACUUGUGCCCACACAGUCCUCCGAGCAAGACCCUCAGCCGGCUCCGGAGGCUCCCUGUGCGGCCGCAUGUGCGCGGGCUCCCCGCCCGGGCCCUGCUCGGGGACCUCCCCUCCGGGAGCAGAGGCGGCUCCUGGCCUGAGACACAUGCCUUAUGGUGCUUCACCCCCAAGUCUGGAGGGGCUCAUCACCUUUGAAGCCCCUGAACUGCCUGAGGAGACGCUGAUGGAGCGAGAACACACAGACACCUUACGCCACCUGAACAUGAUGCUCAUGUUCACGGAGUGUGUGCUGGACCUGACCGCCGUGCGCGGGGGGAGCCCAGAGCUCUGCACGUCCGCCGUCUCCUUGUACCAGAUCCAGGAGAGCGUGGUGGUGGACCAGAUCAGCCAGCUGAGCAAGGACUGGGGGCGGGUGGAGCAGCUGGUGUUGUACAUGAAGGCCGCACAGCUGCUGGCAGCCUCUCUCCACCUCGCCAAAGAGCAGAUCAAGUCCGGGAAGCUGAGCCCGUCCGCAGGUGUGAAACAAGUUGUCAAAAAUCUGAAUGAACGAUAUAAAUUUUGCAUCACCAUGUGCAAGAAACUUACAGAAAAGCUGAAUCGCUUCUUCUCUGACAAGCAGAGGUUUAUUGAUGAGAUCAACAGCGUGACCGCGGAGACACUCAUCUAUCACUGCGCUGUGGAGACGGUUCAAGCUGCGGCCCUGGAUGAGAUGUUUCAGCAGACUGAAGACGUUGUGUUCCGCUACCACAAGGCGGCCCUUCUUCUGGAAGGCCUGACCAAGAUCCUCCAGGACCCUGCAGACAUUGAGAACGUGCAUAAGUAUAAAUCCAGUAUUGAGAGAAGAUUGUCGGCACUCUGCUACAGCACCUCAACCAUAUGACCAGCAGCAGGCCUGCCCCCUGGACCAGUGGUGGGGUGUGCAGUGGUGCGUGGGGGGCGCAGCUCGGGUCCCGUUGCCCCGACCCCAGGAAGCUGUAGGUGACUACCAAAGAGCAAGCAGUGAUUUCAAAAAGGAAAAGCAGUCCUCAAACUACUUACUUGUAGGAAGUCUGCCUUAGCAGAGCAGUCACCCCUCCCCUUUUGCUUUGUAGAAGCAGAAGCAAGAGUAUCCACUUGGCUCGCAGCCUGAACUUGGUAAAUAAACGUACCUUACUUAGCACUAGUUGUCAGCACAGCUCUUCUUAAGGAUGAUUGAGAGGGAGCCAGGGAGCAGCCCUUCACAUGCUCACCAGAGCAGAGUGUGAAGUUCCGCGUGUUCACUGGGGCACAGAAGUAAGAAACUGCAUCGCGUCCAGGCAGUUUGAUGCUCGGGGUGAGUCUCUGAAUCUGAGCACAUGUCCAUAAAUGGCUUGGGAAGAAAUAGCCUAAGAAAUGGAAGAUGGUUCUUGGAAGAAAUUGUGAAAUCUUCGAUUUGAUCUAAUAUGGACACAUAUUAAUAAUCUUCCAAAUCUUUCAUAUUGCACUAAUUUAUUAAAACAACUAUGUAUUGGAUUUUGCAGUAUAAAACUAACUGAGGCACAAUGGACUUGUUUGAAAUAUUUUACUUGAUUAUACAUACGUACCCUUUCCAGAAUUUUCAUGUAAUCUCUUUUGGACUUUCAAGUGGUAAAAACUGGUGUUCAUGUGAACGUUUGCAUUUUUUUAACCUAUUCAUCUACACCUACAGGUUUUCUUGGUGGUAUUUUGAGUCGCUGGCUUUCGCUUUUGUUUGCGUUUUUACUGUGCAUGCAGAACGAGCAGAUGCCCGUGACGUCCAGCUUGUUAAAGGCGAGGUGUGUUUGGGCAGAAUUAGAACAAGUAUCAAUCAAGAGACGCUUAAGAAUUUUAGUAGGCCAAAACAGAGUCGGUGAUCUAAAGCCUUGUUAGUGAUGUGGAGUUUUACAUGAAGUUGAUGGAAAAUGAGCUUUGUUUUCUCUUAGGAAAACGGGCCGCUCUCUCCAGCCUAACGUGUGUUUUCACGUUAAUCCCGGCAGUUCACCGAAGAGCUGGUCGUGAGAACGCGGGCAGCGAGCGUCCCUCCAGGAAUGGCUCCUCCGUUGUGUGUUACUUGGUUUCUCUUACUUACCUGCUUGAAUACUUGAAUAAGCCAUUCUCUAGUUUAGCCCUCCUAGAUAGUAUAACCUGGUCUCUGGCCAGCCACACAGAGGCACUGGCAUUCAUCUAAUUUAGUGUACUGGUGAAAACAAGAACAUGGCUUUCCUUUACUUUGACAAAGUAAUGUAAUUUUUACCUUAUUUAUCUGUAUGAAAUCCCAGCAGUUAAUCUGAACAUUUAUUUAUACGAUGUUUGUAUGUUUAGGUCUUUAAUACAGUGUUUCUACCUCUCAUUUGUAACCGCAUGCAUUACUCCUGAAACUAGGUAAAACUCACUGAAUUGUUGUGUAAUAACCUUUUGGUUAUUGCCUGUGCAGGUGUAUAUUAAGGUAAAUAAAACUGACCACGUGUUUCUAGGAUGAAGCUGGGUCCCUGUGGCUUGUCGGGCCAGGUCCGUCCUCAGUGCGCUGGGCGGCUUGAGUGCGAGUCUCCAUCGCCCGGCCACAGGAUUCAGGUCCCCUGUGACUGCCGUGCCGGCUGCCUGGACAUGGCUGCGUGGUGAGGACCCCCGCCCUCCCUGUGGGCCGACGGGCACUGCUACUCGUGAUACUGUGUUUUGUGUGGUUUUUCUCGAGUGUAAUCGGCAAGUUCACGUGUGCUCUCUCAGUUACCACCCGUGGUAUUCCUGUCAGUCCUGCCGGGGAUGGGGUACUUCCUGGCCCCUUCUCCCCUCUCCUGCCUGUUGUUUAAACACAGGAGAAGCAGGUUCAGAGCGAGGAAAUGCUUGGUCUGAAGUCAGAACCUGGGGAAGUAGUCGGGCCUGCCCUCCGAUCUCCAAGGGAAUCCCUCCUCUUGUUCAGGGUGGUCUGUGUGAAAUGGUCAAGUCUGAACAGCAGAGAACAACAGACUGCAAGUCAUGAGUAAUGGAAUAAUGGUUCUGAUUAUACUUCCAUUAUCAAGGCCAGUUGUUUUGAGAGAUUUUGCCUUGAUUAUAGCAAUAAUAAACAAAUGCUUUCUGUU